UUCCAGGAGACCUGCUUGUGAGGCUGCUAGGCUAAUACAUGUCUCUGAGAAACAGUCAAAAACAGCUGGUCACAGAAAAUGCAGAAGAAAAUGACUACGAGGGGGAAGAGCUUCCUCUCUCUCCUUACUAAGCUUCCUGUUAAUUACACACAGACACAGUUGCUGUUUAUAGGCCUGAUCCAGCCUAUGUGACUCUCAUUUGCUCUAAGGGGCUUCAGACCAGGUUCUGUACUUUCUUGUCCACUAGUUAGCUAGGAGAGAUGGGCCUCACCCGCCUGGCUGACCCCAUACAGCUCCCCGGGGAGCAGGACCGAGACCCAAAAGAGAGCUCUAAGAAGGAACCCUCACAAGCAGCAGUGCGAUUUGCGGGUGCAGCAACAUAUACAGUGGCUGUGACUCCUCAGACACGGCAUUAUUCAGCAGGGAGGCGGCCAGCUUUGACACUGGAAGCUCCGCCUCUGGCUCCACCUCCCUGGAGUGUCUCCUCCCUCUUGGGACUCUAUAAAUGGUUGCUUCCUAAGCUUGGUGACCGUCAGAGCCGAUUGAGGCUGUGUCUUUGUGUCGCCUGCCUUGCAGGCCGGCUACCAUCAAACCAGCACCCCCCUGGUCAAACGGGUACCGUCACCGCAGAGUGUGAGCCCCUCAGCGCAGAGGACUCUGUAAAUACAGUAAACGAGAUGCUGCUCUCCUUAGUGCCAACUGGACAGCAAGAAACCCAGAGCGUUAAAUCAGCCACCCACAUUGGCGCACUGCCCUGUGCAAACCACCCCAUUGCUCUUCCUGGAGGAUGUCCUCUAGGCCAGCCCUUCUCACCUUUUUGGGCUCAGGACCCAUUGUGUACAUCUGACCUGUCUGCUACCUCUCUUAGCUGGGGGAACUUGGCAAAGGCGUUUGGAAGAUCUGAAUAGUGAUGUCACAUGUGGUGCUCCUUCUCCCUUCCACUGAAUGAGGAGCUGCUGAGCCAUAAAGGGCCAGAUUUCCGAGUGCUCAGCUCCCCCCAGCUUCUCUAAAGAGCUCAGCUCCCGCUGUGACAUUGAUGGGCAGAUCUUCAAAUGAGCUCUGCACUCCAAGUCCUGAGCUCUUGCAAAUCUAGCCCCUGGUGCUGAAGACUUCAGUGCAAAUGACACAGGACAAAGUUGAAUA